AUGUAUUCGUUGGACCAGAAAUCUGGCAUUCGCACAUCUGAACCAGGGAAACUGCACAGCCUGUACGUUGAGGAUAUCAAUGCGCCUUCGUUGGCGCAGAGGGACUGGCGGCGAACCGACAAUUACUUUUCCGGCUCGCGAGAUGACGCCGACCGUGUGCUCCGCGAUAUGACAUCGGCUUUAGAUCACGUUCACGGCGAAGGCGUGGGCCACAACGACAUCAAACCAGGAAACAUUCUUUAUAGCACUUCCCGCGGCGCUGUCCUCAUCGACUUUGGUCUUAGCAGUGACGGCGAACAGGAUUCCGCCAGGGUCGGUAUGGCGGGCCCGCCUUGGUAUAUCCCGCCAGAGUUUUCAACAGGCAGGCGCAGCCGCGGUUUCCCGGGCGAUGUGUGGGCAUUGGGCGUUGUAAUGCUGUUCCUCUACCAGGUGCUACCACUCCCAGAGAGAACCACUGAAUGGAGGAUUGCGGAAGUGGGUGGUCCGAACCACAAAGCCCUUGCUCGCAUGCUGGAAUGGAUAGAAACGACGAAGCGUGCCAGGACCAAGCUUGGCCAUACCGCGACGGAUGAAAUCAUCCGCAAAAUGACUGAGAUCAACCCUGUUAGCCGUGUGGGGAUCCGUGGGGUUGUUGAGGCUUUGGAGUCUUGGAAAUAG